AUGGGCACUCUGGGUCCAGUUCUCUGGAUCCUUUCAUGCCUACUUCUCCCUUCAUCUGUUCCAGUUAAUUCUCAAGUAAUUAACAAAGCGCACAAUCACAUAGUCUGUAGCACCUGGGGGAACUACCACUAUAAAACUUUCGACGGAGACAUCUUUCAGUUCCCAGGAACCUGCAACUACAUUUUUUCCUCUCACUGCCAGAACACGUUUGAAGACUUUAACAUCCAAAUCCGACGCUCUGUUGGUCCAGGGAAGACAACUUUGUCUUAUGUCGUUUUGAAGAUAGAGGGUCUGGUUAUAGAAUUGCAGAAUGGAGACGUCAAAGUGGCAGAAGAGAGCGUUUCUCUACCAUACAGUCAGCAUGGCGUACAAAUACAGAGAACCAGUGUUUAUUUAAAAGUAUCUGCCAAAAUUGGCCUGGUCUUUAUGUGGAACGAAGAUGAUGCUGCAAUGCUGGAGUUACAGCCAAAAUACAUGAACAGUACGUGUGGGUUGUGCGGCAAUUUUAAUGGAGUGUUACAGGAUGAAUUGAUGCUUAAUGAUAUACAACUCACCCCUCUACAGUUUGGAAACUUGCAGAAGUGGAACGGACCCACAGAACAGUGUGAGGAUCCUGUGGCAUCUGCCCCCAAAAACUGCAGCGACUUGAUACCGACAUGCUCUCGCCUGCUCUCCAGUUCAGUCUUUACAGACUGUGCACUGCGCGUUGCUGUUGAUCGAUACAUAGAUUCCUGUGUGUCAGACCUGUGCAGUUGCCAUUUUCAGUCAGGCGUAUCCUGUGUGUGUGAUACUGUAGCUGAGUAUUCCAGACAAUGUGCACAUGCAGGUGGAAAGCCCCAAGACUGGAGGACGCCAUAUUUGUGUGAGAGAAGAUGCCCCAUGAAUAUGACAUACCAGGAAUGUGGCUCCCCGUGUACAGAUACCUGUUCCAACCAAGAGAGGGCGCUGGUGUGUGAAGAUCAUUGUGUAGACGGUUGCUUUUGUCCAGAAGGAACCGUCUAUGAUGAUAUCGAUAACAGAGGUUGUGUCCCACUGAGUGACUGCUCCUGCACUUACAACAAUACUAAAUACAAGCCAGGGGAAACCUACAGCAGCCACUGCCGCAAAUGCACCUGUGCAGGAGGUCAGUGGAGCUGCGAGUCCCUGCCAUGUCCUGGUCACUGUUCUCUAGCAGGGGGAGCUCAUAUCAGCACCUACGAUGGAGGGCACUACAACUUUCAUGGAGACUGUAACUACAUCUUUACUAAGGACUGCAGAAGAAACACAUUCACCGUGCUGGCUGAGAUGAGGAGAUGCGGCAUCACAGACACAGAGACCUGUCUAAAGAGUGUCACUUUGUCCCUUGAUAAAGGAAACACAGUUAUCACAGUAAAAUCAUCUGGAACUGUCCUGCUGAAUGGUAUCUAUGCACAGAUACCUCUAGUCACAGAAAAUAUUGCAGUUUUCACGCCAUCCUCUUUCUAUUUGAUUGUGCAAAGCUUCAGUGGGAUACAGAUUCAAGUUCAGCUGUCUCCAGUUAUGCAGCUUUUUGUCAUUUUGGAUUCUGAAUACCAGGGAGACACAUGCGGUCUUUGUGGAGACUUUAACAAUGUGCAGACAGAUGAUUACCGAUCUCUGAGUGGAGCUUUGGAAGGGACGGCCGCAGCCUUUGCUAACACAUGGAGGAGUCAAGGAGAUUGCACUGAUGUGAAGGAAAUCUAUGAAAACCCCUGUUCACUCAGCGUGGAGAAUGAGAGAUAUGCUCAUCAGUGGUGCUCCCUGAUCUCAGAUACCAAUGGACCCUUUGGCUCUUGCCACACUGCAGUGAAUCCAUCAAUCUUUGAGAAGAACUGUAUGUACGACAGCUGUAACUAUGAAAAGAGUGAGGACAGCGUGUGCGCAGCUAUGUCAUCCUAUGCUCGAGCCUGUGCUAUCGAGGGCAUCGCUCUGUAUGGGUGGAGAGACACCUUCUGUGGUAAAUACACUAAGGAUUGCCCUAAGAACUCUACUUACCAGUACUCCAUAAAGACCUGCCAGAAAACCUGCCGCUCUCUGAGUGAGCCUGACCCCAGCUGCAGUGUUCACUUCAUCCCAUUGGACGGCUGCGGAUGCCCUAAGGGAACAUACCUUGAUGACAGUGGGUCUUGUGUUCCGGCCCAAAGCUGCCCAUGUUACUACAAAGGCUCAGUAAUCCCUGUAGGAGAGACCAUCUAUGAUAAUGGUGCUAUGUGCACAUGUCAGAGUGGCAGACUGCACUGUAUUGGGAAAAUAUCCAGCCUCACAGUGUGUCCAGCAGACAUGGUAUAUUUUGAUUGUUCAAAUGCAUCCAUUGGGGCUAAAGGUGUUGAGUGUCAGAAGACAUGUCAGACACUGGACAUGGAGUGUUUCAGCAUUCAGUGCUCCUCUGGGUGCAUCUGUUCUGAAGGACUUGUACUCAAUAAUGAUGGUAUCUGCAUGCCUGAAGAAGACUGUCCAUGUGUACACAAUGGUGAUAUAUACCACAGUGGAGAUACCAUUCAGCAAGACUGCAAUACAUGUGUCUGCAAGGGUCGGAAGUGGCAGUGCACUGAAAAUGACUGCCCCAGGACUUGCGCUGUCUACGGAGAGGGGCACUAUGUAACCUUUGAUGGGAAGCGCUACGACUUUAAUGGAGCAUGUGAAUAUACUCUAACGCAGGAUUAUUGCGCAUCCAACACUGGAAAUGGAACAUUCCGAGUUAUAUCAGAAAACAUCCCAUGUAGUAGCAUUGGCGCCACGUGUUCUAAAGCUAUCAAAGUCUUUCUUGGUAACUUUGAGCUGAAGCUGAGUGAAGGAGUCUUUGAAGUUCUGGAGAGAGACAUUGGCAGUGAGGUCCCUUAUCAUGUCAGGCAGAUGGGUAUCUACCUUGUGAUUGAAGCCAAGGAUGGACUCAUUCUUAUGUGGGACAAGAAAACCAGCAUCUUAAUCAAGCUUAGUCCAACAUUUAAGGGUAGCGUUUGCGGUCUUUGUGGUAAUUACGAUGGCUGUGUGCCCAAUGAAUUUACUACAAGGAGUCUGUCUGUAGUUGUCAAUGAGCAAGAGUUUGGGAACAGCUGGAAAGCCUCUCCCACAUGCCCUGAUGCGCAACCAGUUAGAGACCCUUGUGUUACCAACCCGUACCGCCAACCCUGGGCACAGAAACACUGUAGCAUCAUCAUGGGUCCUGUUUUUACAAAAUGUCAGUCAAAGGUUGACCCCACACCUUACUACGAGGCAUGUGUACGUGACACCUGCGCGUGCGACUCUGGAGGAGACUGCGAAUGUUACUGUACAGCUGUUGCCGCUUAUGCCGCUGCUUGUAAUGAAGCUGGAAUUUGCAUUACAUGGAGGAGCCCUGAAAUUUGCCCGUUGUUCUGUGAUUACUACAAUCCGGAAGGUGAGUGCGAGUGGCACUACAGGCCGUGUGGUGCUCCCUGUAUGAAGACUUGUAGGAACCCCAGAGGGACAUGCAUGAACCAGCUUCCCGGAUUAGAAGGGUGUUAUCCUAAAUGCCCAAAAGAGCGCCCAUUAUUUGAUGAAGACAUCAUGCAGUGUGUUGCUCAGGCAAAUUGCGGUUGCUAUGACGAUGAUGGAAAACGUUACAGCGUUGGGCAGAUGGUGCCUUCCUACAGGAACUGUGAGUCAUGUAUAUGUACGAAGAAAGGACGAAAAUGUCAAAUGGACCUUCGAGCCUGCUCUUGUUUCUAUGGAAACAUUAAAUACAAGUAUGGAGAUUUAAUUUACAACACCACUGAUGGCAUUGGAGGAUGUAUUAUAGCAACAUGCUCAUUUAAUGGAACCAUUAGCAGAACUGUCUAUCCAUGUGUGUCAACCACCAAGGCACCAACCACAACCUUUCAUUUUGAUACAACUACAUUGCCUCAAUCACUGACACACUCUACUUCAGCUCCAGAAUCUCUAACCUCUGCAUCAUGCCUGGAGGAAGUCUGCAAAUGGUCAAUAUGGUAUGAUGUUUCAUGCCCAAAGUAUGGAGAAAAUGAUGGAGACUUUGAAACAUUUGAGAAUAUCAGGGCAAAUGGCUUCUCCAUCUGUAAGGUCCCAUCACAGGUUGAAUGUCGAGCCCAGAAGUUUCCUAAGAUUCCAGUUGUGGACUUAGAUCAGAUGAUUCAGUGUAAUACAUCUGUAGGUCUUGUGUGCCACAACCAUGAUCAAUAUUCUCAGCUCUGUUUCAAUUACGAGAUUCGUGUACUAUGUUGUAGUUAUAUGCCCUGUGGAGAGUCUAACAUUACACCUACUCCUAAAGAAAUGUCCUCCCAACCCAUGUCAACAAUUAUCAAUGCUUCAAUGACUACUAUUGGAUCAACUAUAUUAAAUACAAAAUCCAACAUGACCUUAUCAACUUCUAACAAACCACUUAGCACAUAUAUGGAUUCCUCUACCUCUUCAGCCACAGACAAGACCACACCUUGCCAAAAACAGAUGUGUACAUGGACCUCCUGGUAUGAUGUUUAUUUCCCCAGCAGUUCCACAUCUGAUGGAGACUUUGAGACACUUAAGCAAAUCAGAACAGCUGGUAAAUAUAUGUGUGGUGAUCCACAAGCAAUUGAAUGUAGAGCUGAGCAUUUCCCAGAUAAACACAUAAGUGAAAUUGGUCAGGUGGUGACGUGUAAUGUUACAGAUGGUCUUAUCUGCAGAAAUAAAGAUCAAGAAUUGCAUUUUCCACUUUGCUACAACUAUGAAGUGCGUGUACUUUGUUGCUUAUUGGAGGAUUGUGAACAAUCUACCACUCAUGCCCAUCCCACAAUUACACAAGACAUAGCCAAAACAUCUGGUGAAAUCACUGUAUUGAGACAAGAAAUCACCUUUCCCACAAGUGUCACAUCUGAAGCACUGACAGAGAAAGAAGAGGAAAUACCAACAACUUCUAAACAAAUGGAUCAUACCGGUUCAAUGAAAACUGUGAAUACUGGCUUGGAAAAAACUGUUAAAAUUACUGACUUCUAUAGCACAGCACACAAAACUUCAUACGAUCACUGUAAGUCUGAAUGUAACUGGUCACAGUGGUUUGAUGUAAGCUUUCCUAAUGAUGACACAUAUGGAGACUUUGAAACCUUUAAAAACAUAAUGGAUACAGGAUAUGAAAUCUGUGAAAGACCAUCCAAUAUUCAGUGUAGAACAGUUGACCUUCCAGAAAUCCCACUCGAAGAUUUGCAGCAGAAUGUGGAUUGCAAUGUCAGCCAAGGUCUUGUCUGCAGGAAUGAGGAUCAGACUGCAUCAUUUCCUUAUUGCUACAACUAUGAAAUCCGCAUUCUCUGCUGUUCUGAAUGUGUUCCCACAACAGGUUCCCCAUCAUCAACAGGUUUCUUAAAGUCAACACCUGAGACUCCACAUGAAGACAAAACUACUUAUACACCUAUUGAAAUUAGUACUUUACCCAUUGAAAUGACAACCACAUUGACAACAACAGCUGGUAGAACUGAUACUACAAAGGAAAUAAAUUCUGAACUUACUUCAAGUAUCCUUAAGUCAUCUACAGAGACAUCACAGGAAACAGAAAGUCCAACUCAAAUCCCAUUAUCCAUGACAACUACAAAAGGUUCAACUGAGUUUGUUGAGGUAACAUCUACUUCUAAUAGUUUGAGUACUGGUAAAAUGUCUUCCUCUGAGUUCAUCACCAGUUCUGUUAAGUCAGCAACUUCUGCAGCUGUUGAACUAUCAUCUAAGGCAAAUGCUAGUGCUACAAUUAAUACAACUUCCAAAAUAUAUUCAAAGACAACUGCAAGUUUUAUUAGUUUAACUGCUAAACCAUCACUAGAAGAAUCUACAUCCCAAAAAACUAUUUCUAUGGAGACUUCAUCUGGAUUAGCCACAACUGUAGAGACAGAAACAGGCAAAACAGGUUCUUCUGAUAUAAGCAGCAUAACGAAACCAUUUUCUGCUGACCAAUCAACUAUAUCUGCUGCACAAGCAUCAACCAAUGAAGGUUUAACCAGAUAUGCUACAGGUUUCCAUGUGUCAACACCCAAAAAAGAAGCUACUUCAACAGAAUCUACUAAAGCUUUUACAGUAACAUCAGUAAUGACAACUACACCUGAAAUGCGUACCACAAAUAAAGUAUCAUCUAAAAUUACUACAGGCUACUACAAAUCAUCAUCUCAGCCUUUAGAAGAAGAAGAAGAAGAAGAAGAUACCACAAGUCAAAAACCAGAUUCCUUAAAAUCGACAACAUUAUUUACAAAAUCUGAGAAAGUAACAACGAGUAAAUUUGCAACUUCAGUUCCAGUGACAGGAAAAGAGACCAGCAAAUCUACUCCUCCUCAACCAGGUGAUCAUACCAGCCCUAUAGAUGUUGUAGAUACUGGUUCAAAAAUUACAACAAAGGUUGCAACUUCUCAAAGCACCCUAGAAGUCACUUCACCUACUGUUAUCUGUAAACCUGAAUGUAAAUGGUCAGAAUGGUAUGAUGUAAGUUUCCCUAAUGAUGACACAUAUGGAGACUUUGAAACCUUUGAAAACAUUAAAGAUACCGGAUAUGAAAUCUGUGAAAGACCAUCCAAUAUUCAGUGCAGACCAGUUGACUUUCCUGAAAUCCCACUUGAAGACUUGCAGCAGAAUGUGGAUUGCAAUGUCAGCCAAGGUCUUGUCUGCAGGAAUGAGGAACAGACUGGACCAUUUGCCUAUUGCUACAACUAUGAAAUCCGCAUUCUCUGCUGCUCUGAAUGUGUUCCUACGACGGGUUCCCAAUCAUCACCUGAAACUCCACAUGAAGACAAAACUACUUCUUAUGCACCUAAUGAAAUUAGUACUUUGUCCAAUGAAAUAGCAACCACAUUGACAACAGCUGGUAAAACUGAUACUACAAAGGAAGUUGAUUCUGAAUUAACUACAGGUUUCCACAAGAUAACUACAAAACCAUCAGAAAAAGAAACCACAUCAAAUACAUCCAUUUCUAUUAAUACUACUGAAGUCUCCACAUCAACUAGUGCAAUUAGUUCCACAAAAGAAAAAAUGUCUGAACUUACUUCAAGUUUUUUUAACUCAUCUACAGAGUUAUCACAAGAAACAGAAAGCUCUACUCAAAUCCCAUUAUCCUUGACAACUACAAAAGGUUCAACUGGGUUUGUUGAGGUGACAUCAAGAGAAGAAGCUACUUCUAAUAUCAUGACUACUGGUAAAAUGUCAUCCUCUGAGUUCCUCAUCAAUUCUGUUAAGUCAACUACUGUAGCUGGUGAACUUUCACCUAAGGCAAGUGUUAGUGCUAUGAUUAGUACAACUUCUACUACUACUGCAGGUUUUAUUAGUUCAACUUCUAAAUCAUCACAAGAAGAAUCUACAUCCCAAAAAACAAUUUCUAUGGAGACUUCAUCUGGAUUAGCCUCAACUGUAGAGACAGUAACAGGCAAACCUGGUUCUUCUGGUAUAAGCAGCAUAACUAAGCCAUUUUCUGCUAACCAAUCAACUAUAUCUGCUGCACAAGCAUCAACCAAUGAAAGUUUAACCAGAUAUACUACAGGUUUCCAUGUGUCAACACCCACAAAAGAAGCUACUUCAACAGGAUCUACUAAAGCUUUAACAGUAACAUCAGUAAUGACAACUACACCUGAAAUGAGCACCACAAAUAAAGUAUCAUCUAAAAUUACUACAGGCUACUACAAAUCAUCAUCUCAGCCUAUAGAAGAAGAAGAAGAAACCACAAGUCAAAAACCAGAUUCCUUAAAAUCGACAACAUUAUUUACAAAAUCUGAGAAAGUAACAACUAGCAAAUUUGCAACUUCAGUUCCAGUGACAGAAAAAGAGACUAGCAAACCUACUACUCCUCAACCAGGUUAUCAUACCAGCCCCAUAGAUGUUGUAGGUACUGGAUCAAAAAUUACAACAAAGGCUGCAACUUCUCAAAGCACCCUAGAAGUCACUUCCCCUACUGUUAUCUGUAAACCUGAAUGUAAAUGGUCAGAAUGGUAUGAUGUAAGUUUCCCUAAUGAUGACACAUAUGGAGACUUUGAAACCUUUGAAAACAUUAAAGCUAUAGGAUAUGAAAUCUGUGAAAGACCAUCCAAUAUUCAGUGCAGACCAGUUGACUUUCCAGAAAUCUCACUUGAAGACUUGCAGCAGAAUGUGGAUUGCAAUGUCAGCCAAGGUCUUGUCUGCAGGAAUGAGGAACAGACUGGACCAUUUGCCUACUGCUACAACUAUGAAAUCCGCAUUCUCUGCUGCUCUGAAUGUGUUCCCACGACAGGUUCCCCAUCAUCAACAAGUUUCUUAAUGUCAACACCUGAAACUCCACAUGAAGACAAAACUACUUCUUAUGCACCUAAUGAAAUUAGUACUUUGCCCAAUGAAAUAACAACCACAUUGACAACAGUUGGUAAAACUGAUACUACAAAGAAAUUUGAUUCUGAAUUAACUACAGGUUUCCACAAGAUGACUACAAAACCAUCAGAGAAAGAAACUACAUCAAAUACACCAAUUUCUCUAAAUACUAAUGAAGUCUCUAUAUCAACUAGUGGAAUUAGUUCCACGAAUGAAAAAAUGUCUGAACUUACUUCAAGUUUCUUUAACUCAUCUACAGAGUUAUCACAAGAAACAGAAAGCUCAACUCAAAUCCCAUUAUCCUUGACAACUACAAAAGGUUCAACUGAGUUUGUUGAGGUGACAUCAAGAGAAGAAGCUACUUCUAAUAUCAUAAAUACCGGUAAAAUGUCAUCCUCUGAGUUCCUCAUCAGUUCUGUUAAGUCAACUACUGUAGCUGGUGAACUAUCAUCUAAGGCAAGUGUUAGUGAUACGAUUAGUACAACUUCUACUACUACUGCAGGUUUUAUUAUUUCAACUUCUAAAUCAUCACAAGAAGAAUCUACAUCCCAAAAAGCAAUUUAUGUGGAAACAUCAGCAGGAUCAAUCACAAGUGUAGGGACAAUAACAGGCAGAACAGUUUCUCCUGGUGUAAGCAGCACAUGUAUGCCAUCCACUACUAAGAUAUCAAGUGAGUCUGUUGAUCUAACAUCUGCAAAGGCAUCAUCUUCACAAUUUAGUACUGGAUUCCAUAAGUCAACACUUGAGAUAUCACCUAAAAUAGACACCACUACUCAUAAACCACCUUCAACAGAAACUACUCAGCCCUCUAAAGUGACCUCCAUGAAAACAACCAUACAGGAAGUAAAUACAACAAAUGCAUCAUCAUCUAAACUAACUACAGGUUACUACGAGCCAUCUACUCCACCAAUAGAAGAACUCUCAACUUCUAAAACAGUUUCUUUAAAAUCUACAACACUGUUAACUGAGAAUGUAAGGGUUACAACUAGUAAAGAAGCCACAUCUGGCCUAGCUACAGAAAAAUUGAUAAGCACACAAACAACUCCCAAAUUAGGGGAUUAUACCAGCCCCAUAGAUGUUGUAGCUACUGGGUCACAAAUCACCAAAAAGGUGACUGAUUCUCAUAGCACACUGGCAGUCACUUUACCGACUGUUAACUGUAAACCAGUAUGUCAAUGGUCACAAUGGUUUGAUGUAAGUUUCCCUAAUGAUGAAACAUAUGGAGACUUUGAAACAUUUGAAAAUAUCAGAAAUUCAGGAUAUAAGAUUUGUGAUAAUCCAAUUGACAUUCGGUGCAGAUCUACUAACCUUCCAGAUAUCCCACUGGAAGACCUGCAGCAGAACGUGUAUUGCAAUAUCAGUCAUGGUCUAGUCUGCCAGAAUGAGGAGCAGAUAGGAGCAUUUGCCUACUGCUACAACUAUAAAAUUCAGAUUCUUUGUUGCUCUGAAUGUGGACCCUCCACAGGAAUGUCAUCAACGAAAGAUGUAGUAAUAUCUACAACAUCUAAGGUGUUAACAUCAACUGAAGCAAACACAAUUAAUAGGAUAAGUACUGCUAAUCCAAUAUCUUCCAGAUUAAGUACUGUUCUCCAUAAAUCAACUGCUGAUUAUUCACAAAAGGAAGAAACCACUGACCAUACGACUACUCCUAAUAAAACUACAAGAUCUGGUGAGAUAACAUCUAACAAAUCCAGCACUUUUUUAAGUAUAAAUACAACCAAACCAAGCACUUCUGAGGGUAUAUCAUCAUAUAAAAGCACAACUAAAUCAAGGGAAGAAAUACAUACUCCACCAAAAACAACUGUUAUGGUUCAAACUGCAGGACAUGAGAUGACAACUACAAUGGUCACAGCUCCUGGUAUGAUGAGUACCAUUAAGGAAAAAUCCACUAAAUCUACUAUUAAUAAAUCCACUACGGAAUCUAAUCAGGGAGAAUCUACAUCUCAAAAUCCAACAAUUAAAACUACGGAAUCUGAGGGUAACACAUCAACCAAAUCCAGUACGUUUGGUAAUAUAAGGACUACUGUGGCAGUAUCUUCUACAUCUGCAAUCCGUUUCCCUUCUUCAACUGUGUCAAGUAAAGUGACUGAAUCGAAGUUAACCACUAACUUAAUAAAUUUGCAAUCCACAUCUUAUAAAUCCAUCUCCGGGAAGACUACUGAAGAAUCUUUAGUGUCUUUAUCUGCAGACUCUUCACAGAAGACUACUAGGGAACAUGUCAGCAAAACAGCUCCUUCAACAACAAAAGCUGAAGAUUCAUUUAUUACUUCAAAAUGUAUGUGCAAUAUAAACGGAGCAUUGAUUCAACCUGGAAAGGUUUUGUACAACACAACUGAUAAUGCUGGUUGGUGUUUCUAUGCACGAUGCAAUGAGAGUUGCCAAGUGGAGAGGUACACUGAAGAAUGCCAUAGGUCUACGACCAUUGCAAGCAGCACCAAAACAGCAAAAACAGUCACUCCUAGCACCGUUACUGUCAUCUCUACAAAGACAAGUAUCUCAACAAUAGAGAAGAGUACAAAAACAUCUACAACAAGAACGUCCACAUCAAGAACCAACUAUACCAGCACUCCCUCUUAUGAGUGCAGUGCGGUAACUCCUCCCAAAAAGGUGAAUGAAACAUGGAAGAUAGACAAGUGUACCCAGGCAACGUGCACAGGUGCAAACCAGAUUGCAACAAAUCAGAUGAAAUGCCCAUCCAUUGAAAAUAUAAUCUGUGCCAACAGAUUUCAACCAAAAAAGAUGUACGAUGAUAGUGGUUGCUGCUAUCAGAAUGAGUGUGAAUGUGUCUGUGGCGGAUGGGGUGUGGCUCAUUACAUCACCUUUGACGGCACCUACUAUGACUUCAGUGGAAAAUGCACAUAUGUCCUGGUCCAGCAGAUCACACCGCGCUUUGACCAUUUCAGAGUUUACAUUGACAAUUUCUCCUGUGACCCAGAUGAUCCUGAUUGUGUUAAGACUCUUCGCAUCAUGUACAAGACGGAUACAAUAGCCUUAUUCUCUCAAAAUGUGAACAAGCGGCCAUUCAACAAGGUGUACUUCAAUGAGGAAAGAGUUUAUCCGGCACUUUCUAAAAAUGGAAUAAAUAUUUUUAACUCUGGUAUAUUUUUGGUUGUGGAGAUACCAGAGCUGGGCUCAUACAUCUCAUUUAAUGUCUUGAGUUUUACUAUCAAGAUACCCUACAACAAAUUUUUUAAUAAUACAGAAGGCCACUGUGGAAAAUGUUCCAACAAUCGCAUUGAUGAUUGUAUUCUGCCUAAUGGAAAUUUGGCUCCAUCGUGUGUUCAAAUGGCAAUAGAUUGGGGUGCACCAGAUCAAGAUCCAUCUUCCUGCAGUCCCAUUCCUACAAGACCUCCCACAAUCAAAUCCACAUUGCAUUCAUCAGCUUCCUCUUAUUUCUCUACACUUCUAUCUAGUCUGCCCUCAACAUUUUCAUCAGGUCGUACAGGGAGUGUGCCCUCAACAUUUUUAUCAGUUCGUACAGGGAGUGUGCCCUCAACAUUUUCAUCAGGUCAUACAAGGAGUGUGCCCUCAACAUUUUCAUCAAGUCGUACAAUGAGUGUGCCCUCAACAUUUUCAUCAAGUCGUACAAUGAGUGUGCCCUCAACAUUUUCAUCAAGUCGUACAGCAAGUAUGCCCUCAACUUUUUCAUCAAGUCAUAAAGCGAGUGUGCCUUCAACAGUUUCAUCAAGUCAUACAGGGAGUGUACCUUCAAAAGUUUCAUCAAGUCAUACAGGGAGUGUGCCUUCAACAUUUUCAUCAAGUCAUACAGGGAGUGUGCCUUCAACAUUUUCAUCAAGUCGUACAGCGAGUGUGCCUUCAAAAUUUUCAUCAAGUCGUACAGAGAGUGUGCCUUCAACAUUUUCAUCAAGUCAUACAGCGAGUGUGCCUUCAACAUUUUCAUCAAGUCAUACAGCAAGUGAGCCUGGAAGAUUUUCAUCAAGUCACACAAUAUCUUCUUUAAGUCAUCCACCAAGUCGCUCUUCAACAUUUUCAUCAACUCUUCCAACCACUGAGUUGUCUACUCUCCCAUCUACAUACCCAACAACUGUUAUAUCCACUGGAAUAGAAGAACCCUGCAACCCUCCUGACCUUUGCAAGAUCAUCCUAAGCAAUGUUUUUGAGAUGUGCCACCACGUUGUUCCUCCAGAACCGUUUUACCAGGCGUGUGUGAUUGACGGCUGCACCAAAUCUGAGGGUCCUAUUAUCUGCUCCAACUUGGAGGUCUAUGCCAGACUCUGUGCUAUACAGGGCGUAUGUGUUAACUGGAGAAACAGCACCCAAGGUGUAUGCCCAAUGGACUGUCGCUCGGAUAAAGUGUAUAAGGCAUGUGGUCCUCCCAUAGAGCCCACCUGUAAUUCCAUGUACAAUCAAGAAUAUGUUGAUAACAAACAGGAAGAUUUCAUAGAAGGAUGUUAUUGCCCAGAAGGGACCAUAAGAUUCAAUACCAUUUCUGAACAAUGUAUCUCAUCAUGUGGUUGCACCGGCCCUGAUGGAAUGCCAAGAGAGCCUGGAGAGAUGUGGGAGAUUAAUUGUCAGAUUUGCGUCUGUAAUAACAUCACAAGGAGUGUGCAGUGUGAAGCAAAACAUUGUCCUUCCUCUACCCCAGCUACCUGCACUGAGGAAGGUUCUGAGCCAGUCUCUAUGCCUGGCAAUGCCAACCCUUGCUGCCAAGUCACAGAGUGCCGUUGCAACAUUAGCCUUUGUUCCAGUGUGAAGAAUACCUGUGGACCUGGGUUUGACGCUUUACCUGAGAUGCCUGCAGGAGGCUGCUGCCCGCUGUAUAGAUGUGAGCCCAAACAAGUUUGUGUGCAGAAUGGAACAGAGUAUCAGCCUGGAGACAUUGUUCUUGGCCAAAACCCUUGUGAGAAGUGUAUUUGCAAUAAUGCAAUGACUGACAUGUCUGGCCUACAUAUCAUUACCUGCAACCCAAUUCUAUGUGACAAACAAUGCUCAGAGGGAUCAGAGUACCAGGAGGUUCCUGGCCAAUGCUGUGGUACCUGCGCACCAACUCACUGCGUUAUGGAUCUUCUGGAUUAUUUCCAAAAUGUUUCUACUAACUCUACUCACCCACCUAGCAACUUUUCUUAUCUACCUGAAAACUCUACAUUCUCUCCUGGUGGCCAUCCGUAUCUACCAGGAAACUCUUCAAACCAACCAUGGAUUUACCCACAUCCACCUGUGCAAUCAGUGUAUUUGCUUAUACCUGGAGAGUUCUGGUCCCCUCCUGAAGACAGCUGUACUCAGUAUGAGUGUGUGAUGUACAAGGACAAACUAAUUAUUGUAGCCUCCAAAAAGACCUGUCCACGCAUCAACAUCAAUGAAUGCAUCCCGGAAACAAUUGAAAAGGACUCGAGCGGCUGCUGCUUAACCUGCGUUCAGAAACCAAAGCAAUGUCAAGUAACAAAAAUACAAAACAUCAUCCUUCAAAAUGGCUGCACAUCUGUCUCGCCUGUCGUGAUGUCGUAUUGUGACGGCCAUUGUGACAGUUCUUCCAUGUAUUCUACAAAUACACAAACCAUGGAGAAUAAGUGUAGCUGUUGUCAGGAAGCACAAAUUGAGAUAAAGACGAUCAGUUUACAGUGUCCUUCUGGUAAAUUAAUGCCAUAUUCCUACAUGAAUGUGAAGAGCUGUACUUGUGCUGAAACUCGCUGUCCAACAUCAAAUAGAAAUCUGGAAGCGUUUAUUGAAAGUAGCAGCGGAUAUGAAGAGACGAAUGACGGAGACACCAAGAUGGUUACGGGAUCAUCCAAAGCAGAAGAAGAUCAAAGCACUAGUCAAGGCCACUAAAGAGGCAACAAAUAAACAGGAAGCCACCUUGAUGACGAAUAAACACAAGUAAUUGCAAAAGAUGAGACUCUUAAAGGGACACAAAACCCUCAAAAAUGAUUUCAUGAUUCAGAUGGAGCAUAUCAUUUUAAACAACUUUCCAAUUUACUUCUAUGAUCUAUUUGCUUUGUUCUCUCUGUAUCCUGUAUUGAAAUGCAUAUCUAGGUAGGCACAGGAGCUGCAAUGCUCUACUGGGUGCUAUUUGCUGAUUGGUGGCUACACAUAUAUGCCUCUCGUCAUUGUCUCACCCAAUGUGUUUAGCUAGCUCACUGUAGUGCACUGCUGCUCCUUCAACAAAGGAUAUCAAAAGAGUGAAGCAAAUUAUAUAAUAUAUUUAAAUUGGAAAGUUGUUUGAAACUGUAUGCUCCAUCUAAAUCUUGAAUAAAAAAUGUAGGUUUCAUGUCCCUUUAACAUAAAUAAAUAAAAAACUAACAUUUCUUUGUAUCCAUUUCCAUUUUCCAACUACUGAGCACUUUAUCCUCAUCAUUCACACUCCAUAAUCUGAUGAGAAAAAUGUUUUGUUUAGGUGGUUACACUGAUUCCAGUUCAGAUAUUUAAAGGGACACUGAACCCAAAUUUUUUUCUUUCAUGAUUCAGUUAGAGCAUGUCAUUUUAAGCAACUUUCUAAUUUACUCCUAUUAUCAAUUAUUUUCUUUGUUCUCUUGCUAUCUUUAUUUGAAAAAGCAGGAAUGUAAGCUUAAGAGCCGGCCCAUUUUUGGUUCAGGACCCUGGGUAGCUUGCUGGUUAGCUACACUUAGACACCAAUCAGCAAGCGCUAACCAGGUGCUGAACCAAAACUGGGCUAGCUUCUAAGAUU